CAUGAAUGCAAUGAAAUUUAAUCAUAGAUCCUCAUCAUUCAGUUAAGGAGAUAUUUAUACUAGACUUUUAGAUAUGCAUGAUGAAUUAUCUAAAUCUAGUAGGAGUCUAAAUAAGUUAAUUAAUUAGAGUUUGAGAUAACUAUAGAAUCCAUAGGAAGAAAAUCGUUUUAGUUUUUCUGCUGAAUUUCAAUAGUAGAACUAACAUUAAGAAAAGGAAGAGGAAGAAUUAAACGUUUAAGAUGAAGUUGAUGAGAAAAUAUAGAUUAGUGAGAGAGAGUAAAUUUUAGAAAACAAAAUUAAAAUAUACGAAUCAGCAUUAAUUACCUUGGAAGAAGACAAAUAAGAAAAGGAUGAAGAAAUCUUAAGACUCAAGAACAUGUAAGUCUUUAAAUUAUCAAUAGGUUGAAUUUAUCAAAUAACUAAUAAAAUUUAUAGAAUAAUGAAGAUAACAAGAAACAGAAUAUAAUAAGGAAACAAUUACAGAUAUUGGAUGAUCACUUAAACUUCUUAGAAGAAAGAAAAUUAUUGUAACAAAAGAUUAAAGAAUAUGAAAUAAAGUUUAAGGACUAGAAAGAAACUAUUGAUUCUUAAAAGUUAGAAAUUUCUCGCUUAAAAAAUAUUAAUUAAUACUUACAUAAAUCAAUUGAUAAAUUAUAAAAGUUGUGA